CGUGAUAUAUUAAUAUUAAUAGUAUGUAAUGGACUGAUCACUAAACCUGGUUAUUAUUAUUAUCGUGAAACAAAACAAACAUUUGAAGAAUGUCGUACCACUGUUCUGGCUGAUCGUUUUACAUUGAUUGAUUUAUCAUUUUUUAAAGUCGAUUUUAAAUGUGAUGAUAAUCAAUAUGUUAAUUUGGUUGAUGGUAUAUUGUUUAAAAAAAGAUAUUGGCCACAAACUGGUGUAGAUCAUAGUAGUAAAGAUGAUGAAGAUCGUAUUCAUCAUGUUUGUCAAGGUCGUCCAAAAAAAAUACGCACCGAACAGAAUGCAGCACAAAUUCAUUUUCGUUUAAAAGUAAAUCAAGGUUUCUUGUUUCAUGUUAAUUUCGAAAAACAACCAUUACCACUCUGUCAUACAAUUAUACCAGCUGGAGAACAAAACAAUGAAGAAGUGUAUCGUCUUCAAAGUGUAAAUGGUGACAAACCUUGUUCGAUUACAUUGGCAUUAUUACCUUAUAUAAAAACAAAUUCUUCAAUCAGGGCAAUGGUUAUAACUAUAAUGCAAUCAAAAUUUGAUAAUGUAGAAGAAUUAUUUUCCAUUGAAUCACAUAAAAUUUGUAUGCACGAUAAACGAUUAUGUACAGCAAAGAAUCUACCAAAUUAUGCAUUAAUUGGUGGCCAAAAUGAUGCCAUACAAAAUGAACGAUUAUCACGAAAAGGUUUAGAAUAUUGUUUACCGAUACCAUAUCCGCCGUUAGAUUUUCUUGUAGCCGAAUGUGAUGUAAUUACCAUACGUUUAAUAUCUAGACAGAAUGAUGAUAAUAAUAAUAAUCAUAAUGAAAAAAAUAAGAACAAUGAUGUAAAUAGAAAUUGGAUUGAUUUAAAAUUUGCAAUACAACAAAAAUUGGUACCUGAACCAAGAAUACCAUUCGAUGAUUAUAUUUUAUAUCAAUUCAAUUGUACAUAUCUUUUAAGAAUGGGUAAUUAUGUACCGAAUUGGCAUAAUGAUAAAAUUGGAAAAUAUGAUGAUGAUCAUCAAUUAUAAUAAUUGAUUAAAUUAAAGCA